AGCUUGGUUAAGAUGAACGUUACGUUGAGUCAUUCCGUUUUAAAAAAUUAAAAUAGAUAUUAUUUCGUUUCUAUAGGAACAAGACAUACCAAAAAGCUCUUAAAAACCAAACCCAAACCAAAAUCUCAGAAACCCUCUCAGUCUCAGCUCAGCUCUGUUGUUUUGGUUCAAGGAAGAAUGGGAGAUCACAUAGUCUUGAGAGUUGAUCGCCUCAUAACAGCUCAAAGUUUGGAGUCAAUACAAGGUAUUGAUUGUCCAGGUUCUUCUCUGAGGAACACUUGUUCACAAAAAACUUCUGAGGUGCCUACUUGUAUUGUCAAUGUUGAUGGAGCGGAGAAGCAUGUCGGUCACGAGGAAGAUGAAGAAGAACCACUGAUUCAGACUGCAGAAUGUCGCAUUUGUCAAGAAGAGGAUACCCUUACAAAUUUAGAGGUCCCUUGUGCUUGCAGCGGUAGCUUAAAGUUUGCUCAUAGGAAAUGUGUCCAGCGAUGGUGCAAUGAGAAAGGAGAUAAUACUUGUGAAAUAUGUAUUCAGCCUUAUCAACCUGGUUAUACAGUGCCAACACCUCCCUCUGAAGAUCGUGUGAUUGACAUGAGUGAGGGUUGGACAAUCUCUGGUGCUCAUUUGGAUCUGCAUGAUCGUCGACUAUUAGCAGUGGCAGCUGCAGAACGUCAUUUUCUGGAGGAUGAAUAUGAUGAGGAUCCAGAUAAUAAUUCUGGGGGAGCAGCGCUUUGCCGCUCUACUGCUUUAAUUUUGAUUGCUCUUCUAAUCUUGAGGCAUGCUUUAGGUCUUCCUGUAUCUGACGCAGAGCAUGGUGCUUCCACCUUUUUCACUGUUUUAUUCCUAAGAGCUUGCAGUUUCCUUUUCCCAUGCUACAUGGUGGCCUGGGCCAUCACUAUAUUGCAGCGUCGGCGUCAAAGACGGGAGGCAGAACUGGCUGCAGCAGAAGUUGCAUUUAUGCUACAGGCAGGACAACAAAGGGCGUUGCAUUUCACAAUAGCUCCAGGCCCUGCCGUGACUCCUACACAAGAGCCAAUAGUAGUACAAUAACAAUGUUUUUGGACGAACAUCACUUGGAAAAUUCAAGUGUUCUAUCUUAUAAUGCUCUACAACAUUUACAGGAAGGAAAUAGAUGAGAAGGUUUGUUGUUUCUUCGGUUUAUCAAAUUAUACAAACUUACAGGCGAUAUAUUGUUUUUCCCUCUGUACCUAACCUUUCACAUUGUAAGCUGAUGAAAAUUGCAAACAAUGCAAGAAGUGUCUCUUUGUUCAUCAUUUUGAUGAUAAUACCUGUCUUCUAUGGAUUUAUAUAUACAUAAAUAAAUAUAAAUUUUUCUUUUCA